AUGCGAGCCUUCCUUAACAAGGUUCUCGCCGGUGGAGUCCCGUCAACUUUUUGCCCCUUCUUCUUCGGAGCGUCCCUCACCGCGUUGAAGAAGAAGUCGGGAGGGAUUCGACCCAUCGCUGUGGGAAACACUUGGCGGCGACUGGCCGCGAAGAUCGCCGUGGGGAGAAUUACCCCCCAGUUAAUUCAACAUUUCUCUCCCCACCAACUCGGAGUGGGCAUCAAAGGAGGUGCGGAGAUCGGCACCCACGCAGCCCGCAUCUACUACAACCACCCCCACACCUCUCCAAAGGCGUUCCUGAAAAUUGAUUUCAGGAACGCCUUCAACGAAAUUAGGCGGGACACGCUUCUCGACGUCGUCCGCGACCUGUUCCCGUCAAUUUUCCCGUUCGUGGCGCAGUGCUACGCCAGCCCCUCGUCACUUUUCUAUGGGAUGAUGCCCAUCCCCUCCCUACUCGGCUGUCAACAAGGGGACCCUUUGGGCCCCGCCCACUUUUCCCUUGUGGUCCACCCCAUCGUCGAGGCGGUGGAAACGGAGCUCAACUUGUGGUACCUCGACGAUGGGGCCAUGGGGGACCCGCCAGAGAAUGUUUUGGCCGCCCUAGCAACUGUUGCUAGGAUGAGCGGCGAAGUUGGCCUCCACCUCAACACGGAGAAAUGUGAAGUGGGGAUCCUGGGGGCGGAGCGCGAAGAAGCCAUCGACAUCCUCCUCCAAUUCCAGCAAGUUGCCCCCGGAAUCCAGCUAAUGUCCCCCGAUUCUGCGAUGUUGCUAGGCUCCCCUCUCACAAAUGAAGCGCUGGAGGUUGUCCUGGCAACCAAAUCUCAACAACUUGCAACUUUCUCCCAACGACUCCUCGGCCUCUCGGCCCACUCGGCCUUUUUCUUACUCCGCGCGUCAAUUUCCAUCCCUGGGCUCAUCUACUUUCUCCGCUGCGCCCCGUCGUGGAGGAAGAUGGAUGCCCUCACUCACUACGACGCCACCCUUAAGGACGCGCUUGAGGGGAUCCUCAACUGUACUCUCUCGGAGGCUGCAUGGAUGCAGUCGUCCCUGCCGGUGAAGGAAGGCGGCCUCGGGAGGGAGUACAGCGCUGCACGGACCUCCCACCUGAAACCGUCAGAGGAGUCCAAGCAGCGUGGGAGCCCUAUUCUGGACAAGACUUUGUCCCAUCUCUCCGAUUUGGCAGUUAUCCCGGAGGAUACUGCCCGACUGCGAUCUCUGCCCAAUAAGUACGCGGGGGUGUGGCUCACCCUUCCCUCUCCACAGCUAGGCACCUUGCUUUCCAACGAGACCUUCCGUGUCUCCGUUGCUCUCCGCCUCGGCUGCGACAUCUGCCAGCCGCACAAAUGCCCGUGCGGAGCCCAGGUCUCCUCCCGCGGCCUACACGGCCUUUCUUCACGCCGGAGCGCCGGUCGUUGGUCCCGCCACGAGGCCGCCAACGACGUUAUCGCGAGGGCCCUCCGAUCAGCGGAGGUACCCUGCAUCAGGGAGCCAGCGGGGUGCUCCACCACGGACGGCAAGCGUCCUGAUGGAAUGACUCUUGUGCCGUGGGCGAGGGGGAGGUCCCUCGUGUGGGAUUUUACGUGCGCGGACACUUUCGCCCCCAGCCAUUUACCCGACACCGUGCGCCAUCAGGGCGCUGCAGCCAGCAAGGCGGAGGACGCCAAGAAGAAGAAGUACGCGUUCUUGAUGGACCGGUACAUUUUUGUCCCGGUUGCCAUGGAAACGACUGGAGUUUGGGGGCAGGAGGGGCUCGCCCUCAUCGAACAAAUCGGGCAAAGGAUUGCCUCCACGACUGGACAGCUCAAUGCUGUCAAUUUUCUCCGCCAGCGAGUUUCUCUCGCCGCACAGCGAGGGAAUGUGGCGUCGAUUUUGGGUACACAUCCUCCAGGGAAAGAGUUGGAGGAGGUGUACUAUUUGUAG